UUUACGUAGUUCACUAACACGAAGUAUUUAUAGUACUUCUCCAUGUGGGUCUAAACCUAAUCCAAUAUGACAAAGGAAACGGUUACAGACCAGGCCCAGAACCCGAACCCAAAUAACAUUGAGCCCAUACACCGUGGGGUGCGGGGGCAACGCGUUGCCCCUGGACCCCACUCGCUGACCGGUCAGCGAGACCCCCGAUUACCAGUCGUAGCGGCUGAUAGUCCGAUUCAAGUCACAUCAACAAAGGGUUUAGGGUUUAGGGUUCACUUAGGGUUUAGGGUUUGAAACACAUGGUUCGUGUAGCACUUUGCCCACAUUGUCUGAUGGUUAGUGAUGAUUCAUGGAUGCGUGUACGCAUUAUAUGUCGAGGAUAGGCUUUCCCGAUGAUUUUCCGACGAUUUUUCCGGUGAGCGUUGAAUUUUUCUGAUUCAAUACGUUCUCUGAAAGUUGGAUAUGUUGUAGAUUGUGAAACUCCUUAACCAAAGAUGUAUAUAUAUACAUUUUUUUUCAUCGAUGAUUUUCCGGCGACUUUUCCGGCGAGCGUUGAAUUUUUCUGAUUAAAUACGUUCUCUGAAAGUUGGAUAUGUUGUAGAUUGUGAAACUCCUUAACCAAAAAUGCAUAUAUAUACUUUUUUUUUUUUUUUUUGUUGGCGGCAAAUAGCAAUUUGGUUGGUGGCAAAUAGCAAGCCUCUUCGUUAAACCCCGCCCCCGGAAAUUUUAAACCCUAAUCAGAGAGGAGCACUCUUGCCGCCGUGGGAAGACCUAGCGAAGCAGUGGGGAUGGAAGCGCUGCACCGGCUAAAAUCGACGGAACCUCCGCAAUGGUUGACGCCAUCGGCGCCACUUUCCGAGGCAGCACGAACGGCAUCUCAGCACCUGUUCGCGUCUCUCAGACCUCACGUUCGGAAAUCGCCGUUCGAUGAAUUGUUAGUCGAUAAUUUUGACGCCGAGCAGAUUUGGCAGCAGAUAGACCUGCUGACGCAGCCACUGGCUCGUAGCAUCAGGCGUCGGGUUAAGCAUUGGGAGAAGAAUCCCGAGGAAAUCGAAAAUUUACUGCCACAGGUUGCCGAGGAAGGGAAGGAGGUUUCCGAAAGAAAGAAAAUAGAAGAGCUUGAUGAUGAUGGUGAUAUGGAUUUGGAUAUGGAAGAUGACGAGGAUGAUGAUGAUGAGGAGAUGGAUGUUGAUAAUGAUGGACAGCAGGAUGGUGUGAAAGACAAAGGGGAUGAAAGUGAAGAGGAGGAGGAGGAGGAGAAAGGUGGAGGGAUAGAAGACAGGUUUUUGAAGAUAGAGGAAUUGCAGGAGCAUUUGGAGGAUGAAGAAGCUCGGCAUUAUGGAUUGGAUCCAAAGAAAAAGAGUAAGAAGAAAAGUGGAAGCAAGAAAUUGAAAGAUGAAGAUGAGGACAGUGAAGAGAAUGAGGAGGAGGAGGAUGACGAUGAGGAGCUUGAUCUCUUUGCAGGGGGAGACGAUGAAGCGGAAGAUGAAGAGGACGAAAUGGGAAAUGCCAGAUAUGAAGACUUCUUUGGUAAAAAGAAAGAAAGCUCAGAAAAGAAGCCCAAAUAUAAAGAUGAGCUGGGCGAAGAUUCAAGCUCAGACGAGGAGGAAGGUGAGGAAGAGUUGAGCUCAGAUGACGAAGAAAAAGAUGAGAAUGCAAAUGAGAAAACGAAAGUACUUUCUACCCAUGAAAAGGAAGUUCAGAAGAUCAAAUCUGAGAUAGAGAAAAUGGAGAAAGCAAAUCUGGAUCCAAAAACCUGGACCAUGCAGGGAGAGGUAACAGCUGCAAACAGGCCCAAGAACAGUGCACUAGAAGUUGAUUUAGAUUUUGAGCAUAAUGUUAGGCCCGUCCCAGUAAUCACUGAGGAAGUCACUCAAUCACUAGAGGAGAUUAUUAAGAAAAGGAUCAUUGAGGGACAGUUCGAUGACAUUAAAAAGGCUCCUGGUUUGCCCUCCAAAGCACCAAGAGAAUUGAAAACAGUGGAUGAAAAUAAGAGCAAUAAGGGUCUUGCUGAAGUUUAUGAGGAGGAAUAUGUACAGCAGACAGAUCCAGCUGCUGCUCCAUUAUCUUUCUCAGAUGAACAGAAGAAGGAGGCAAGCACCUUGUUCAAAAAGCUCUGCCUGAAGUUAGAUGCACUUUCACACUUCCACUUCGCCCCAAAACCUGUUAUAGAGGACAUGUCUAUCCAAUCAAAUGUCCCUGCUCUUGCCAUGGAAGAGAUUGCUCCAGACGCGGUUUCAGAUGCUGCUAUGCUGGCUCCUGAGGAAGUCUUUUCAGGCAAAGGGAAUGUCAAAGCAGAAGUUGAACUUACACAAACAGAAAGAAAGAGAAGGAGAGCGAAAAAGAAGCGAAAAUUUAAGGCUGUAGAAACCAAAAGGAUGGCAAGUAAGAAGGCGCGAGAAGAUGAGCUACGAAAGCAGAAAGAAGCUGAGGGUAACCUUGAAGAACAAUGACUUGUUUACUGAAUGAACAGAGCUCCAGCUACGACUUCAAUUUUGGGGUAAUUUUGAGAAACCCCUAUCCCCAGCACAACAUUGCAAGAUGAAUUGGUCAUGUGGGAAUAGCGACUGCGACCAACACAAAUUUGGAAGGAGGAACUGCUCAACAUAAUGAAUGAAGGGCCCUGUUGGUAUGAAGCUGCAAAAGUGGAUCCAUGGGAUAGAAAGAGGAAAUUUUGACAUGUAAUUAAUUGAGUGGAUGAAACGUUUGGCCUGUUUAUACAGCAUUAACAUUGUCAUUACGGCCAACUAUACUCUAUCAGUCUAUCUUUCCUAAUGAUAAAGUUGUUUUACUCCA